AUGCUUGGAGACCAAACAGUUUAUACACGCAUCACCGAUAAGAGAAGAAAUCCUACCAAACGGACGGAAACUGACAUAGAGAGUAUACUGAAAGAGCUUCGACGCUCGGGAAACAUAACUGAUAGAGAAUAUUGGCAGCUAAGAGCUUUUGAUUCUUCUCCUGCUACAUUUUAUGGUUUGCCAAAAGUCCAUAAAGUGGCUCUCAUCUGCAACCAAGACCACUAUACCCUGAGCGAAAGUUCUGUGGACGUCAUUCCUUUGCGUCCAAUUAACAGCAACAUUG